AUGGCAGAAGCAAGUCUUUUCAUCAAACACGAAUCUAACGAUCACAGCAACCCCUUCAUGAUGUCUCACUCCGGUUACAUGGGUAAUCACUUUGGGAACCCCAAUGACGGGGUCGACCCGUCCGACUUGACGAUGCAGCAGAGUGGCUUUAUGCCUUUCUCCUACGGCUCGCAGCAGAACAUGUCCUCCAGCUUCAACUUCGGCAACUCCGGAAUCGACACCGAUGAACUAUUGGAUCUAGAGAUUAGCGGACAGAAUGGUGUCCAGCGUGACAACAACGUCAACUAUCUCCAGGACCAGUCUGGAGGCAUCGCCAUGAGUCACCAAAGCCAAAUGUCACACAUGUACUCGAAUACCCCAGACAACGCCCCAAUGGCCAGCCCUUUCGUCAACAACAGCUUCAACUACGAUCAGUUCCGCAUGAACCAGCAGAACCACCACCUCCAUAAUGCGAGCUCUUUCGAUCAGAACUAUCUUAAUGCCAAAUCUCGCCCGAACUUGCAGGGCAUGGAUCGCACUUCAUCGGAUACACGAAGCCCGAUGACCCCGAAGACACCCGCCCUGGGUUCCUUGACCCUGGGUACCCCGGAAUCCGGCAGCUUCCCGGGCCAGCCGAUCCGAACAUCCGGACUUCAGCACCGCCACCAGAAGACCCUCUCCAAUCAAUGGGACGGAACCCCCGGCAGUGCACACUCCUAUGUCGAGUCCCCGAUUGGUUCGCCAACCCACCAUUCGCAGCAACUUGGCAUCUCAGAGAUCCUCAAGUCGGGCAAACAUGCAUCAUUGCCCGCCAAGGUUGACACCCAUCUCCCUGGUAGCGCCCAGGACCUCGAGUCUCAAGAGGCCAAGCGCCGACGACGUCGCGCCUCACACAACCUAGUGGAGCGACGCCGCCGCGACAACAUCAAUGAGCGUAUCCAGGAUCUCUCCCAUUUGGUACCACAGCAUCGACUGGAAGAUGACAAAGUCCGCAAGCAACUCGUCAAUAACACCGCUCUUUCUAUGGCUGGCGCCGGGAGCAAUGCUGCCACAUCUCUCCUAGCUGGCGGCAAUGGCCGCCGCGCCACACCCGGCAAUAUCACGAUGGGCCUGCCCAUCGAAGACAAAGAGAAGGGCCCCAACAAGGGCGACAUUCUCAAUGGUGCGGUCAGCUGGAUGCGCGACUUGAUGUGGGCACUGCACGUCAAGUACCAACAAGAAGCCGAGCUCGCCGAGAUGAUCAGCAGCCUCGGUGGGACGUGGCCAUUCGAGCCCACAGAGGAAGAGAAACGCAUGCGCAGCGAGAUCCUCGAUGCCCUCGAGAAGAACGACCCCACCUCCUUCAGCUACACCCGCGGGCCGGGCAGUGGUCUGCGCGUUCCCAAGCACACCAACCUGGCCGGUGACCCCGUUCAAGGUGGUAGCGAUGGCUUGACGCCACCCGGUCUGAGCCCCUCGUUCCAUAGCGGGGGAGCAGCGCCAAUGGCGCGGGCCAGCCGCAGUACUGGAAUAGUGCGGGCCAUGCGGCUAUGA